AUGGCCAAGAAUUGGAACUCUAUUAUUGUACAUAUUGACAAUAGCAGGAAUCGUAUCAUACGUUUCUGAAUCAUUAAUUAAGAAAUGUUUCGUGAUCAUUGGUGUAUCAUUAAAUUUAGAAAAUCUUGAGAAGUUGCUGGAUAGUAUAUACAUCAAACCUUACUUAUCACACCUAAGUUCUUAUUGCUUGGGCUUAUUAAUUGGACACGUUUUAUCGGAAAAAAAACAAUUGAAAUUCGGAAAGAGGACUCUCAUUUCGUGUUGGAUUACGACAACUUGUUUGAUAGGAUUGGCUUUCUUCGGUUUGCACAAUUACAGACUUGAUCCUUCUCCAAAUGAAUCAGUAAUAGCUGCUCAUCAGAUUCUUACUCCAUUUGCGUGGACAGCCAUAAUAGCUUGGAUAUGUGUUGCGUGCAUUUCGGGAUACGGAG